AUGGAAACAUGGCAAGUAGAAGUCAUUCAAGCAUAUAAUAGAUCAAAAUUUUCUCGUGAUGAAACAAAAAAAUAUGAAUUGAUUGUCUAUAAACCAAUUGAAUCAGUUUUACAAGAUGGUCCACAAUGUGGAAUUGUUGCUCUUGCAAUGGCGAUGAAUAUUCAUUCAUGUAAUACAACAGUAGAAAAUAUACUCGAAAAAGCUAAAGAACUUUUAUAUACAAUUCAAGGUGAAUUAUUCGAUGCUCGUGUAAUACCAAAUCUAUGUCAACAAUUUAAUUUAAAAGCUACACUUCAUCAAUGGACAAAUAUAACUGAUCUUAUUGAAUGUUUAAAAUCAAAUUAUAUUUGUCUUGUCCCAUAUGAUACUGAUGCAAAUCAUGAACCAUGUCUUAAAAAAGGUCAUCGAGCUCAUUGGCUUCUUGUACAUGGUUAUUUAAAAGAAUUAACAUCAUCAUCGAAUGAUUUUGAUUUAGUAUUAGUACGACAUGGAAGAAGUAAAAAUCUUGGUGCAUUUUCACUUAUGGAUUUAUUUCAAAGUAAUAAACAAUUAAUUGAAGCUGAUCCUAAACGUCGACUUGAAUCAAAUUAUUGUGUACCACAAAAUGGAUCUCUUCGAGAAACUUUAUGCAAUUUAUUUAUUACAAUAUAA